AUGAGUACAGCAGCAACGCAAGUGCUUCUCGCAGAAACAUGGAGUGAAGAUGUUGAUCCUACAGGUUGGUGGAUGAGCGAAAAACUUGACGGUGUUCGAGCGUAUUGGACUGGCAGUAACUUUUACUCUCGACAAGGAAAUCUUUUUCAUGUGCCCGACUUUUUCAAGGCCGCACUUCCAAAGAUACCCUUGGACGGAGAAAUAUGGUGUGGUCGAGGACUCUUUCAAAAGUGCAUAAGUAUCGUAAAAAAACAAGGGAAUAAAGUUGUUCCUGACGAUUAUAAAUUGCUCACUUAUUUGGUUUUCGACGCACCCACGCACGGAGGUAAAUAUGAAGAUCGUAUGAAAUGGUUACAAACUAAUGUACCGCAAGAUGAUGAUAAAUGUUAUGCAUCAGUAGUCGGUAUAAAAAAAUGUCAGGGCCUUGCUGAUCUCAAACAAUGUUUAGCGACUGUGACUGCUGCUGGAGGAGAAGGAAUUAUGUUGCGUAAACCAGGUAGUUUAUAUGAGAAUAAACGUUCAUCAACGCUACUUAAAGUAAAAACAUUCUACGAUGAAGAAGCUUUAGUAGUUGGUCAUAAACCUGGGAAAGGUAAUUUCACGGGAGUGCUAGGAGCUGUCACAUGUCAGCUACCAAAUGGAAAACGGUUCGAUGUUGGCAGUGGUUUCGAUAUGUCUCAACGUCGAAAUCCACCGAAGAAAGGUUCAGUCAUAACAUUCAAAUUUCAAGAAUUAUCCAAUGCAGGAAUCCCACGUUUUCCUGUAUUUCUUCGCAUUCGUAGUGAUUUAACGUGGGACGAUGUUCUCGAAGCUGCUAAAACAAAGAAACCAGUGAGCACAACGGAGAAAGUCGUACCAUCAACCAAAUUAUCCAAGCAACAUUCUAUAUUAUUUUCCGUGAUACCGUCACGUGACGUCAAAACGGGCAAGAAAGUCGUCACUUCGGGUGAUGAAGAUGAAGAAGCAUCGGCGUCGACAACUGAAAUGUCGGAUACGCGUGAAACGUGCCAAUACGGCGCAAAAUGUUACCGUACGAACGCAGAUCAUUUGAAACAAUAUCAACAUGCACCGUCUAAAUUAACGAAAGCAAAGUCUAAAGCGGACUCACAUUGUAACUUUAAGUCGAAACGUACGCGAGGACAAGCAGAAGAGAAAUCUGAAUCACAAGAUGAACCAACUACAAGUGAUAAUUUACUCGUUAGAGAUAAGAAUAAAGGUCGACAACUCGAUGGUAAUGACAACGAUGAUGAUGAUAACGUUGAACAAACUACAACGUUGAUAAAGAACACAAAACGAAAACGAAAUGCCGUUGCAGAAACACCAAAGGUUACGUCAUCCAGAAAACGCGCGAAGAAAUCUUAA